AUGGUUGAACGACCGGUGGCGGCUCCGCGACGAAAACCGCCCGAUGCGACGUCACAUUCAGCUUUGGUGACGGUGAUUCGAACGCUCACCACGAGUCAAUCAGCUGAACAACGGGAAUUGCAAAAGACUCGCCUUGAAAAGGAAUUCAAAGAAAGUCAAAAACAAAUCGAUAAACUAGUGAAAGAUCACAAAAAGGACGUCGAUGAGUGCUUGGUGGCUUUUCGCGAUGUUUCCACGCAAAUUUCGUCUUGUCGACAACGCAUCUACAACGUGCGAUCGACGCUCUCGAAUUGCCGUGGUUUGCUGCAAUCGCGACGAGAUGAUUUGAAGAAAUUGUGGGAAGAGGAUAAACAGCAUCGUCACGUCGCACAAAUCAUGCAACAAUUAGAAGAGCUACGCGAAGUGAAGCACAAAGUCGAUCUACUCAUCGAGCAGAAAGACCAUUUCGAAGCCGCCAAAUUGAUUGCCCAAUCGAGAGAUCUCAUCGAAACACGUCUUUCUUCAAUCAACGGCCUCUCCCAAUUGAGAAAUCAGCUAGCCGACUCGUCCGAAGCACUCGCGAAACGAAUCGAGACUCAACUCGCGCAAAUGGUCGUCCAGGAGCCAUUUGAUUUUCAUAUGAUCGACGUCGUUCGUGGAAUGCCAGAGAGUUGGCUUGGCGAGAGCGAGCUCACGUUGCGACUUUCGGGAAAACUCAAUCAACAACGACAGCUACAAGGAAGCGUUUUGUCAACAAGGAUACAGUCUCAUUUGGCGGCUCUUUCUGUUCUCGACGGAGCACAUGGGGUAGUGGAAAGAUUGCUAGCUCUAUCGGCCACGCAAAUCUCGAAACAGGUCUCCGAAUCGAUCUCGUUGAUGAGGCAAAAAGCUGCUCACGAUGAAAAUUUGCACGGAAACGACAAAUCACACUUGGCUCAACUCAUUCAAAUGGUGGUCUGUCAAUUGGAGAGCUCUCGGUCAGCGCAUGCGGUUUUGGCUGAAUGUGCGGGAAAGAUUCCACAAAUUGGUGUCGAAGCAUCGCAGAAAGUGCUACCCGCUUUUUGGUACGCGGCACAGAGUGCGGUCGAAUCACUUGUCUCCGACCAUUUGGACAUCGCAUCGGGUUCACGCCAAAGUGACCAAUCGACAUCACUUCGCUCCAUCACCACUCAAUUGUUCCGUUUUGAUGCGGCCUCCUAUUCGCUUGGAUCCUCGUUUGCCUCUCCAUCAUCACAAGCUUCUCUUACUGUUUGUCCUCCUUCGCCAUUCAACAUUGUUCCGAUGUAUCCAUGGUUGCGACGACUCAUGGAAGCGGUUGAAGCCGCUACUGGUGUUCAAAUGUGCCAAUUGAGGCGAUUCGUGCAUAGCUUUGUCAUGGAAAUGUUCGUGGAAAGGGUUAAGACAAAUCUGGAAGAAAGGCUGAUUGAGGCGUUGAAACUUGACGAUUCGCGACUGAUUACGAGUGGUGAUUCGCCAAUCCUCACCUCCACGGAACGGGUGGCUGAUUUGUGUCGUGAGGUGCACGAGCUGAUCGUUCAAAUGGACUCAUAUGCGCAUCGAUUUGCCGCCAUUUGGGUUCUUGUUCUGACCGAGUACGCGACACAUAUCACUCAACUUUAUGAAAAAACAACUUCACCUCCGAUGGACGGCGAUUCGGCGACGAGACGCAAAAUUUCGUCGGCUGUUUGGGCUGCGGAUGAGGAUAUCUCGCGUUUGUUGAUGUCGUUGCCGAAUUGGAUUCUUGCGAAUUCGACACAAGGCACAAGCCCCAACUCCGCCACUCAAACGCCAGCGAAUAUGGAAAGCGAGCGGGAGGUUCGUGAUCGGAAUGAGCGCGAGUCGGAGAUCUUGAUUAGCAAUUUGGGUACACAAAAACAGAUCGAACGAUCAGAGCUUCUUGGCGACAACUCGGAUAUUCGAACGCUUGCUGCGUUGCAUGAAUCGUUGAGAUGGUUUUCAUACGAGUUACGCGUUUUGAUCAACUCAUUGCCGGCAAAAGUGCGCAAUUCACUGCGGGAAUGCAAAGUAACCGUGAAACAUGGAGUCGAUGGACGAGUGGGAAAUGAUGAAGCUGUGUUGACCGCUCUAGAAGAAGUGAUUAGCCGUUUGGAGGGAGUUUCAUCGAAAUGUCUUCUCGUUCUCCAUCUCGAGCUUCGCGUUCACUGUUUCUAUCAUUUGUUGCCGCUCGCUCGUUUACGACCUUCUUCACAUGAGGAUACGGAUCCGGAGGUGGUCGAACUGGGCCGUGAUCUCCAAAUGUUCCACUCGCUCCUCUCCACCUAUUUGAGUCCACCAAAAAUGAGGUACAUCUUCGACGGUUUAGGACACUUGUGCGCGUCGAUCUUCAUCCAUUCGAGUCAACACAUGCAGCGUUUAACGGAAGUCACGCGAAAACGAGUGUCGAGGAACAUUUGGGGAGUGCAACAACGACUCGCGCAAAUCACCGCACGACGAGAAGCCGAAUUGGAUCGAGCCCGGAAUUUCUUUGAGCUUCUCGCCUACGAUCCCGACGAGUUGUUGUGCGUGUUGGCGGAUCGUCUCUCACAAUUCUCCCCCAUCGAACUCAACCAUCUCGUUGCCUUAUCCGUGAGAUCUCAUCCGACUCUCUCAUCACAACGCGGGGUUCUCGACGAGAAACUCUCCCAACUCAGACAAAUGCUAAAAAGG